AUGGACGAAACUUCAUCUGACUCUUUUCAGAGUUCAUACGAGUCUUUUUCCUCUUCAUCGCAGUCUUCACACGAGUCUGCUUCCUCUUCAUCGCAGUUUUCACACGAGUCUUCUUAUUCUUCAUCUCAGUCUUCACACGAGUCUGCUUCCUCUUCAUCGCAGUCUUCACACGAGUCUUCUUCCUCUUCAUCGCAGUCUUCACACGAGUCUUCUUACUCUUCUUCUCAGUCUUCAUACGAGUCUUUUUCCUCUUCAUCUCAGUCUUCACACGAGUCUGCUUCCUCUUCAUCAGAUAGUUUGGAAUUUGAACCAAAGAAUGAAUUUCCAACAUCUGAUAGAAAACAUGCUAAGCGGAAAUCGUCGAGUUCCUCAUCGGAAAGCGACGGAGGAGGGUCAAGUAGAAGACUCGCCAAAGUGGAUGCAGACAGCGACGAUGACGGCCCUGUGAGAUACCGCCCUUUGACAAACCGCAGAGGGAAACAGGUAAAGAUAGAAGAAUCUUUGUGUGUGUGUGGUAUUUGCAUGGAUGCCAUACCUGAUGAGAAGAAGUUCAGGAUCCAGAACUGUUCUCACAUCUUUUGCAAUGGCUGCAUCACAAAACAUGUUGCUGCAAAGAUCGAGGAGAAUACAUCAGUGGUGCAAUGCCCAAACCCUAAUUGCAAAGAGGGUAUAGAGCUUGAGCAUUGUCGUUCGAUUAUCCCUAAAGAAGUGUUUGAUAAAUGGGGAGAUAUUCUUUGUGAGAAUUUAGUGGUUGAAGCAGAAAAGUUUUUCUGUCCUUUUAAGGAAUGUUCAGCUAUGUUGAUGCGUGAUGGUGAAGAAGUUGUGACUUCAUCAGAGUGUCCACAUUGCAAAAGACUGUUCUGUGCACAGUGCAGGGUUUCGUGGCAUGCAGGAAUAGACUGCGAGGAGUUUCAGAGGUCGAAAAGAGAGAAAGGGGAGAAAGGAGAGAAUGGAGACUCGAUUGUGACGAAGCUUGCAGAGAAGAAAGGUUGA